AAAGCUGGUUGCCGACUGCUUCAUACCCAAAAGAGAUGCUUUUCAUUCAGUGCUGGUUGCCGUGUUCUUUCUUGCUCUGAAAAGCAACCAAGCCGUUGGAUUAGGUUUGUUCUGAUCAGCUCUGUAUUUGUAGACACCGAUAUUUGUCAUCCUAUUUAUGCUACAAUGGUCAGCACGAUAGCUUGAGCAACUUUGCAGCAAACUGAUGAUAAAUAACUUGGCUAACUAGCUACGAGCUAACUGGGUAGCUGCUAGCCGACUGAGCAACCUGCUGAGGCCUGUUGGAUCUUCGGUCGAUAGUGUGGCGGCUGUAACGAAGACUAAAACACCGGUAUUUACCUUGUGCUCCUCGGAAGGCGGAGAACUGUUUUUUGCUCUUCGUGGUUUCUCAGGCUUAAAAACAGCAGAGUACUUGAAAGAAGAUGGAGGCUCCUCCUGUCACCGUGAUGCCAGUCACUGGAGGCACAAUCAAUAUGAUGGAGUAUCUGUUACAAGGAAGUGUGUUAGAUCAAGCCCUGGAUAGCCUCUUGCAUCGCCUUCGAGGUCUAUGUGACAGCAUGGAACCUGAGACCUUUACAGAUCAUGAACUGGUUUACCUUCUGAAAGGCCAGCAAGGAAAUCCUUUUAUUUUGCGUGCCCGGCGUUCCCUCUCCCAUCCCAAUACUCCAUGGCAUCUACGCUAUCUAGGCCAACCUGAAGUGGGAGACAAGAGCCGACAUGCCCUGGUGCGUAACUGUGUUGAUGUGGCCACCUCUCACAACCUCCCGGAGUUCCUCAACGAGAUGGGUUUUCGCAUGGACCACGAGUUUGUGGCCACUGGACACAUGUUUCGUAAAGGUGCGAUGAAAAUUGUGGUUAGUAAGCUGUCACGCAUCCUGGUACCAGGAAACACCGAGAACACAGAGCGCCUGUCACUGUCAUGCCUGGUGGAACUGAGUGUGUUGGCCCCUGCUGGCCAGGAUACUGUAUCAGAAGACAUGCGCAGUCUUGCUGAACAACUCAAACCUCUCUUACAUCUGGAGAAGAUUGACCCAAGCAAACAGAGACAUUAGAGCCCUCUCUGACUGCUAUUGACGAAUUUCAAGCCUUGUUUGUGUUUUUUGUCUGAAAUUUUUUUUGUAAAGCAAACCUUACAUGUUAUGUUAAAUGAAAUACAGUGCAACUUUGGCUCAA